AUGUUUUUCCCAUCAGAGGACGCGCCGCUGCUCAAGGCAUGGCUGAUGAAAAAGCUGCCUGAAGUAUCAGACACGGAAACCGAUAUCUUGGCGGACUACGUCCUGGCACUGCUCGCCUCGCAAGAAGGCGACGCGGCGCCAAUUCGUGCAGCCUGCGAGAGCGAAUUGCCGCAAUUCCUCAAUAUAGGCACCGCCCCGGAAUUUGUCGACGAACUUUUCCGUGUCAUAGAACACAGGUCAUAUGUGCCAGGCGCACCUCCUCCGCCCAAGAAGCGACCUGACCCGGCUGGCGAAAGCCGCUAUGGGGGUUCUACUGUUCCCAUCGCACCUUCGGGCACCUCGCCUCAGAUCGGUUCAAGAAAGCGCUCUUAUCACGAAAGUGGUGACGCCGGCUUCUCAACCGAUCGAGACCAUGGAUUCGGUAACGAGAGGGCAUACAAGCAACCGCGUCGCGGUCAAUGGGAUGCGAAGAUGACCAAUUCAAAUGAUUAUCCCAGCCAACCUUUUGUCAACACUGGCUUUCAGCAACUUCCGCCUGGAGUUGCCCCAUACGACCCGAACUUCCCCCAGCCGCCCAACGGUCCUCAGGACUGGCGCAGUGGGCCGUCUAUAGUACCCACCUAUAACCACGGUCCCUCAUAUGGGCCGCCUCAGGGCCCUCGGAAGACCAGGCAGAGAUGCCGCGACUUCGCAACCAAGGGUUACUGUGCACGUGGAAACUCGUGCCAGUAUGAUCAUGGUUCCGAGCCCAUCUGGUUACCAUCCAGCGGUUCCAAUAGGCCCCCUAAUUUCGAGGAUUUUGAUCCGCGGGAUGCAGCAAUAAUGAUGUCUCAAAACUUUGCUGCAAUGCAGCAGCUCAUGGAGGCUUUCAGUGCUGAAAGAGGGGGCCGAGGCGUUAGAAAAGGCCGCCAAGGCAUUAAGGGUCGGCGCCGUCCAAAUCGGUCCUCCUUUUCGGCAGAUGGUCCGGUCAACGACAAGACCAAAACUGCGAUUGUAGUUGAAAAUAUACCGGAGGAACACUUUUCCGAGGAAGCAGUCCGGAACUUCUUCUCAGAGUUCGGCACAAUUGAGAACAUCUCAUUGCAGCCACACCGGAGGCUUGCAAUCGUAAAGUACGAUUCUUGGAAAGCUGCCAAUGCAGCAUAUCGAUCUCCCAAAGUCAUCUUUGAUAACCGCUUCGUAAGGGUCUUCUGGCAUGUUGAGGAACACGAGAGAUCAACGGUGGCGGCCGGUGCCAAUGGUGCUGACCUUGAGUCUGGAGAAGAGGCUCCUGCUGAGCCUGAGUUCGACAUGGAUGAGUUCCUGCAGAAACAAGAGGAGGCGCAGAAACUGCACGAGGAGAAAUUACAAAAGAAACAAGAACUUGACAAGCAACGCCAAGAACUCGAGCAACGACAGCGAGAACUGCUCGCGCGGCAUCGUGAAGAACAACGAAAGCUUCAGGCCAAACUAGGGGGUUCUAAGAACGGUGGUGUUGAUGAUUCAGAAGGCGAGCCGGGAACGUUGAAUUCGGCCCUUCGUGCACAGCUUGCGGCUCUUGAAGACGAGGCUAAGCUCCUCGGCCUGGAUCCGAACAUAUUGGACGAACCAAGCCCGUGGUACGCUAGCGUCCGUGGCAGAGGACGCGGCCGGGGUGGAUUUAACCCACGCGGGCGCGGUUUUGCCCCUCGAGGCAGAGGAUCCCACCGCGGUGGAUACAUGGGCGAUGUUCACGAAGCCUAUGCAGCAUACUCUUUGGACAAUCGCCCGAAGACUGUCUCCGUCACUGGUAUCGACUUUACGUCGCCAGAGAAGGAUGAGGCAUUGCGCCAGUACCUUCUCGGCGUCGGAGAAUUCACAAACAUUCAUACCUUACCCUCAAACACGCAAAUUACUUUCAGAGAUCGAAAGACAGCUGAGAAGUUCUUCUAUGGCUUAUCUAACCAGGAGAUACCUGGUAUUGAUGGCCAAGUCGAAAUGUCCUGGGUGGCACAGCCAGCUCAACCGGUCAAGCUGUCGACGGAAAACGGAACGUCAAAGCGUGAGAGUGCGCUAGAUCAGGACGUGGCCAUAGGCAACGCCGCUCCUAAUGGGUCUUCGGCGAUUACGCUUGACCAACAGCCUGAGCAACAACCGGAGAUGGAUUAUGAUGUUGCUGACGAUGACAACUGGGGGGUUGAAUAG